CACAGAAGCGGAUGCCGUCUCUCUAUCAUUAGUACGUUGUCCUAGAGAUGGCCUCUUUCUCUCUCGCGCCCUCUGUUUUAGAAUUGAGCAUGUAACAAAAACUACACGUGCUCUCAGAUUAUGUAUGUGUGUGUGUGUGUGUGAGCUACUUGAUUCCGACGGGUUGGAGGAUUAAAGGUAUAUCUGAUGUUGGGCACACUUUUAAACGUGGAAUGACGCAACUCCUCUGCCACACACUGCACACGCUUUUUCAUUCAGCUAAAAUUUAUCAUGACGAGACCGGAUACCGUACGCGGCAGAACCCAUGUGGUGUCUUCAAAAUGCCCAAAAUGAUCAUGAUCAUCAAUACGACACCAAACAUCAACCUCCGCAUUGAUUGACAAUUUUCACAUUCUAAUUGAAUUAGCAUUUCGAACUAUAAAAAUGCUCAGUUCGCCAUGUAGCCAAACCAAAAUAUGCGUCUUCCAAUUUUUCUUCUAGCUCUUUCAAGUGCUUCUAUUGUCUUUUCAUUGGAUCCAGUCCCCGAAGAAUAUGCCAACGUACCGAAGGAGUUCUUCGAAAAGUUCCAGGCAGCUAUCAAAUCAGGGGACCCAGUUGCAGUAGUGGAUCUUUUUGCUCCGGAUGAUAUGCUUCCUGUCAGUGGCAUGAUUGAAGCGGCACAGGGAAUCAUCAAAUCUUUUGAAUCUUAUCCGACCGGAAUAAUUGAACGAGUUCGCUACGAGUAUGGAGUCAUUCAGAUUAAUGUCAGAUAUUACCCCAACACGCCCCUUUUGUCCAAAAAAACGACUAUUUUCAAGAUAAAAUACGAGAACAAAUGGAAAGGCUGGACAAUGGUGCACUUCAGUGAUUGGAUGUAGUUUCAUAUUCGAAUAUCGGGACUUGUAUGACCUAAAUAAAUGUUUUAA